AUGGCCGAUCCAGUAAUUGGUGCUACUGUUCAAGUUGUGCUUGAGAAGCUGCUUUCUCUCACUAUUGAGGAGGCCAAAACUUUAAGGAACUGCAAGAAAAAUCUCAGAAUGCUCACAAAAUAUGUAUCCAUCAUCCAAGCUUUCAUUCAUGAUGCUGAAAGACGACAAGUCGAAGAUCAGGCUGUGGAAGAAUGGCUCAAGAUGCUUGAGAGAGUUGCUGAAGAUGCUGAAAAUGUGUUUGACAAAUUCACAUAUGAAUCUCUCAAAGCACAAGUGAUGAAAAACCGAGCCAAACUACUGGAAAAAGUUCAUAGCUUCUUUUCUAAUACUGCUUUUAAGUACAAAAUGUCUCGAAAAAUCAACAACAUCAAUGAAGAGUUGAGGGCUAUCAAUCAGUUAGCCAAUGACCUCGGUCUCCAAUCACUGACUGUUCCUUCUCGCAAAAUACUACAAAUCAGAGAAACAGAUUCCUUAGGAGUUGCUUCGGAUGUUGUUGGUAGAGACAAAGAUGUUGCUGAAAUAAAGGAGAAGAUGUUGAACAUGAGAGAGGAAGUUGUUCGGUGUGCCAUUCCCAUAGUGGGCAUGGGGGGUUUAGAGAAAACUACCAAAACAACUUUGGCCAAGAGAAUUUUCAAUGAUGAACAGAUCGAGAAGCACUUUGAAAAGAGAGUAUGGUUAUGUCUACCUGAAAUGUCAGAAAUUAAGAGCUUUCUUGAACUGAUCCUCGAAGCAUUGACUGAGAGGAAACUUGAGGUCCAGAGUAGAGAUAUUAUAGUCAAGAAGGUCCGAGAUGAACUGGCAGGAAGAAAGUAUUUGAUUGUCCUGGAUGAUUUGUGGCGUGUUGACCCAACAUUGUGGGAUGAGUUUGUGGACACCUUGAGAGGAAUAAAUACAUCCCGAGGAAACUUCAUUCUUGUGACUACUCGUAUGGAAUUGGUGGCAUCCACUGUAGUAGCAGCAGUAGGUCCUCAUAUGUUGGAAAAAUUAGAAAAAGAUCACUGUUGGUCGAUUUUCAAACAAAGAGCAUUUGUUGAUGGGGAAGUUCCGGAGGAAAUACUGAGUGUGGAGAACAGGAUUGCUGAAAUGUGUCAAGGUCUACCGUUGGCUGCAAGUGUUUUGGGAGGCCUCUUGCGCAACAAGGAGAAGCAUGAAUGGCAGGCAAUUCUUGAUGGAAACCCCCUUGUUGCAGGUGAAAAUAGCUUAAAGAAAAUCCUAAAACUCAGCUAUGUUCAUCUACCAUCUCCAUAUCUAAAAAAAUGUUUUGCUUACUUUGCAAUGUUUCCAAAAGAUUUUAAGUUUGAAAAGAACCAACUAGUCCAACUCUGGAUGGCAGAAGGGUUUCUUCGUCCAAGUCAAGAGAUUCCUGUUAUGGAAGACGUAGGGAACAAGUUUUUUCAACUUUUGUUGCAAUAUUCCUUGCUGCAAGAUGUUGAGCUAGAUGAGCACAACAAUAUAACACACUGUAAGAUGCAUGAUCUUGUGCAUGAUUUGGCUGGAGAUACAUUAAAAUCUAAACUAUUUGAUACGAAAAGUGUUGGAGGUGAAAAUCUUUCUCAAGUUCGAUACAUUGGAUGGGACUCACCAAGUGAUCAAAUGGAUACGAUAAAUGAGGCAGGACGUUUGUGCACAUUGUUCUGGAAAAGCAAUAUAUCUGAUGAUAUGCUAUUGAGCUUUCAGUUCUUGAGACUUUUAAAUUUGUCUGGAUCAGGCAUCAAGGAGUUGUCAGCCAAAAUCAGCAAGCUAAUAUACUUGAGAUAUCUUGAUCUCUCCAACACUCAGAUCAAAGACUUUCCCAACUCCAUUUGCAAGCUCUACAAUUUGCAAACGUUUAGAGUCAAUGACUGUUCUUCACUCAGGAAGCUUCCAAAAGAAUUGGCAAAAAUGAUAAGUUUGAGACACGUAUAUUACAAACCAUCAAUUUAUGAUCAGUUUCAGAUGCCACUUAAUAUGGGGCAAUUGACCAGUCUUCAGACGCUACAGUUUUUCUACGUAGGCUUAGAGAAAGGUCGUCGAAUUGAAGAAUUAGGUCGUUUGAAAAACCUUAGAGGUGAAUUGUCGAUCAGAUGUCUCCAAUUAGUCAGAAAUAAAGAAGAUGCUCAAACAGCAUAUUUAAAGGAGAAACCAAAUAUCUACAAUCUAGCAUAUUUAUGGUUCCAUGAUGAAUCAGAAGGCUGUGAGAUCAAUGAUGAGCAUGUGUUGGAUGGUCUUCAACCGCAUCCUAACUUGAAAGCCUUAUCAGUAGUGGACUAUUUAGGGACUAAAUUUCCUUCAUGGUUCAGUGAAGAGUUGCUACCAAAUUUGGUCAAGUUGAAACUAAGUGGUUGCAAAAGGUGCAAAGAAAUUCCAUCCCUUGGCCAACUGAAAUUCCUUCGGCAUCUUGAGCUGGAAGGAUUCCAUGAGUUGGAAUGCAUUGGACCUGAUUUAUAUGGUGUUGAGAUUAGCAAUAAUGGAUCAAGCAGCAUUAUCCAAGUGUUCCCGUCAUUGAAAGAACUAGUAUUAGAGAAUAUGCGCAGCCUUAUUGAGUGGAAGGGAGAUGAAGUUGGUGUUAGAAUGUUUCCUAGGCUUGAGAAGUUGACGAUUACAGACUGUUCACUGUUAAAAAGUACUCCAAGUCAAUUUGAAAUCCUGCGUGAAUUAAGAAUUGAAUUAGUUGACAGUGAAAUGCCAUUGUUGAACUUGUACAGCAACUUGACAUCUCUUGUGGAUCUUUCUGUUAGGAAUGUGCAAGAGCUCACUUGUCUUCCAGAUGAGAUUCUACGCAACAACGUUUCUCUUCAAUACCUAUCAGUCUCAUACUGCGGAGAGUUUCGUGAAUUGCCACAAAGCUUGUACAAUCUCCAUUCUCUUAAGAGAUUAAUGAUUGCCAACUGCACCAAUUUCAGUUCUUUUCCUGUUCCCUGUGGAGAGAACUAUUUGACUAACCUCCGAAGGUUGGAUUUAUUCAAUUGUAAUGGAUUGACCAGCUUACCAAGUGGAAUUCUAGAGCAUUGUCGGUCUCUGAUAGUUUUUAAUGUCUGCAAUUGUAAGAACUUAGUUUCAUUGCCUUUACACGUGUGGGAAAUGCCUUCACUUUCCUAUUUGGAUUUAUCAGAUUGUCCCAAAUUGAUUAGUGUACCCGCAGGAGGCCUUCACUGUCUCACCGGGUUAAGGAGAUUGGAAAUUGGUCCUUUCUCAGAGAUGGUGAAUUUUGAGGCAUUCCAAUUGAUUUUUAAUGGCAUUCAGCAGUUGUUGUCCCUUCGUAGAUUGGGUGUGUGGGGACGUGGGCACUGGGAUUCUCUGCCCUAUCAGCUUAUGCAACUCUCUGCCCUAACAGAGAUCAAAAUAUGCAAUUUCGGAAUGGAGGCUCUUCCUCAUAGAUUUGACAACCUUACUUCUCUUGAAACAUUACAAGUAGAGGAGUGCGAGCGGCUAUGGCAUUUGGACUUCUCAGAUUCCAUGUCAAAAUUACGGCAUCUCAGGAUAUAUGCUUGUCCAUUGUUAGAAGCUCUGUCAGAUGGGCUCGGCAACAUUGUUUCUUUGGAAAAAUUAGUUUUACAUCACUGCCAAAAACUAAAACAUCUGCCAUCCAGAGAUGCCAUGCAACGCCUCACCAAAUUACUGUACCUGGAAAUUGGAAGCUGCCCACAGUUAGAAGAAAGUUGCACCAAUCGGAGUAGCCCAAACUCCCAGUGGUCCAACAUUUCCCAUAUUCCAGAAAUUCAAGUAGGCGGGACGAUGAUUCAGGAUACACAGGCUCAUGGGGUACAAACGGCUACAAAUUACUGUACCUGGAAACUGAAGGCUGCCCAGAGUUAGAAGAAAGUUGCACCAAUCGGAGUAGCUCAAACUCCCACUAGUCCAACAUUUCCCGUGUUCCAAAUAUUGAAGUAGAUGGGAGGAAAAUUCAGAACUUAUGUACAAGGUCAUGGAAGAACUUCAUUGUGGUUUAUCAAGUCAAAAUCCAUGGGCAGCAAUCACAUUAGGUUUGUUAUGUUUCACAGAGGAACCACCACUUUUAUUUUGUUUGAAGAACAGAAUCUUCAGCUGUAGACUCAUUACGAAACACUUUCAUGAGUAUUUGGGUACUGAACAUCUUUUCGGGAAACUGUAGUCUACAUAUGAAACAUCAAAAAACUCAAAGCAUAUAGGGUGCUCAAUGUGAAGCUACACACGUCUAUCCUCUGUCUUUGCAUGAACCUAUUUGCCUUUUUAUUCUCCAUUCAGGUGAUAUGAUGAAGAUAAUGGAAGUAAUGGAUGGUCGGUGUGUUAUGAAUGGGCCUAGACCAGUAUUGACAAAGCAGCCCAAAGCCGAAUUAAAAGGGCUAUGUGUGGGAUCCGGGUUGAUAAAUAGAGACUUGGGAGAGCAAAAUAGUUUUAUGCAAAUUAUGUGAAGCUUUGGCUUUCUGAUCCUCUCAUCUCCUUUCUAUGGUCUAGAAUCUCAUCCCCUUCUAGUUACCCUCUUCUAUGUUAUCUAUCUAUAAUUAGUGUGUUGUUACUUUGUUGUGGGUAUUAUACAUUGUAACUUGUAUUCCGUAAUAACAAUAUAUAUAUCAGUGUUUGUGUUGAAAAUUGAGU